AUGAACGAAAAACUAUUAGCUUACACUUGGCUUACACUUGGCUUACACUGGCUCGACGUCAUCAUGGAUCUGCAAGCUGUGCAGAUGCGCUUCGCAGGUCGGCGUUAUGUUCCGGCUGCAGAGCCCAAAUACUUUGGGACUGUUACUUGCAUGCUUGCAUGCGAGAAGGGAAAAUCCACACUCCGAGUUCACUUGUUCCCCUUUGUUCUGGCCUUGGCCUUGGUCUUCCAGGCCAUCGUCUUUGCACCAAUCCAGUCAUGUGGUGUUAAAUCUCUGUUCUUCUUGGGCUACACACCCUUUGGCAAGCAAUGCUUCCUGGCCAUGCGCCUUUUCCCCUUGGAUAUGCCACGCAUAAAGACCGCCCUUAAGCAUGUCGACAUUUAUAAACAUGACGCAAACCCAUCGUUACGAAGCAAAAUCAAGCGGGCCGUUCCACUUGAGCUCAUCUGCCGUAGCAGCAGCAGCAACAGCAGCAGCAGGAGGAGGAGCAAAACUAACAGUUUUGAAAAGAAACAUGGUCGCAAGGAUUCCUACCCCCGCCUCGCUUUUCAGUCGGCAAACGCACCCAUGUCCCGUCUGCUGGACCUUCAGCCACCGUACCCAUUGGUCUCCGGCUCUCCAGCAUACACGACCUGCCACCAGCUCAAUCAUUCUACCACAUGCCUGCCUCUUCUGUCAGGACACAGCGUCAAAACGGACCAACUUCCCACUGCUCCACUUGCCGUGGGGGAAAAUCUUCGCGACAACGGCGAAUUGCGCUUGAGCCCAACAGUGUAUAAUCGAUGGAAGACACCGAAAUCCAGGCGCCGGGCUGCGAGCCUCGAAACAAGCCCGCCUCCACGACCUGCUUGGACAUUGGGCAAUCUACGCCUCGAGUCGACCAAGCUGACUGAGUCUGAAGCCUGCUGCACGCACAAUUCUCCCAGAUGA